CUCAACGUCCUCCUGGGGGGCCGUGGUCGCCGGGACCCCCCUGUGACGGAGCAGCGCCGUCUCUCCUCCAAAGCCAUCCCUUACCCUCGUUACGACCCGGCCACCAAAGACGGGGACCUGAUGCUCAUCAAACUCCUCCAGCCCGCCCGCUUCACUCAGCACGUCAAGCCCCUGCCUUUGGCUUCCAGCUGCCCCGUGGCCGGGAUGACCUGCCAGAUUUCGGGGUGGGGGUCCGUCACCAGCCCCGAAGUCACUUUCCCUGAAGAUCUCCACUGUGCCAAGGUCACCAUCGUCCCCGAGGAGCGAUGCCGGCGCGUCUACCCGGGUUCCAUCACCUCCAACAUGGUUUGCGCCGGGGAGCACCGCAACCGCGCCGACUCCUGCCAGGGCGAUUCUGGGGGACCCCUCGUGUGCGACGGACGUCUGCAGGGCAUCGUCUCGUGGGGUCCGGGUGUCUGUGGGGACCCCCAAAAACCCGGCGUCUACGUCAACCUCUGCAAAUACACCCGGUGGAUCCAUGACACCAUGAGAAGGAACUGAACCCUCCUGCUUCCCUCCCCCCCAAAAAACCCUAUACUCCCCCCAUCCCAUCCCCCUGCCCCCAGGAUGGGGUCUUCCUGGAGUCGGCCGGUCCGAGCGCCGGGAGACGAGACCCCUGGGGUGGGCAGGGGUCGGCGUGGGGGCACCCCGUGGAGAUGUCCGUGAAUAAAAUGGUGUUUUUUUUGAGGACA